ACACACACACCACCUUCCCGUUUCAUCUAUUCCUUCUCCGAGACGACUGUAAGAUCUCCUAUGAGCCCAUCGUUCGGGACCUCUUUAAGGACGUUCACAUACAGACGAAGCAUUGAUACCACAUAUUAAGGACAUCUAGGCUAUGUGUAGCCUACAAUGCUGCAAAUCAAUGAGACCGAAGGAUCAGUUCUGUAAUUUAAAGAUAUAAAAACAAUAACAGCACUAUACAUUACGACACCAUCAAGCGGUGAACAGUUUGCAGAAUCUACCCGAAAUCGUUCAGCCCGUAGCUAUAUUAUAGGGAAAUCUUUAUGUUGUCCUAUUUUACCUUGUAGCGAAGAUUCUACGGGGAUUGACGCUGCAGACUUCGCGUGGGACGUUUCUAUUUGAUCUCUGCGGGUUAUUCUCCCCUCCGAAGACCACGGAUUACUUCUGUUCGCGGAUAAAUGGAUACGGAAUAAUAAUAAAAACCCGUCGACGAGAUGACCAUGCUUUGAACCGCGGUGCUGCAUAAACUAUAACUUGUCUGGGGGGGUUGGCAGUUUCGCUUCGAAAUGGAUGAGUUUCAUCCGUUCAUCGAGGCCCUUCUGCCGCAUGUGCGUGCCUUCGCCUACACCUGGUUCAACCUGCAGGCGCGCAAACGCAAGUAUUUCAAGAAGCACGAGAAAAGGAUGACUAAGGACGAAGAGCGGGCAGUGAAGGACGAGCUGCUGGGAGAGAAGCCCGAGGUCAAGCAGAAGUGGGCGUCGCGUCUGCUGGCCAAACUGCGCAAGGACAUCCGGCCUGAGUGCCGCGAGGACUUUGUGCUGUCCAUCACGGGGAAGAAGCCCCCCUGCUGCGUCCUCUCUAACCCUGACCAGAAGGGCAAGAUGAGGAGGAUCGACUGCCUGCGUCAGGCCGACAAGGUAUGGAGGCUGGACCUGGUCAUGGUCAUCCUAUUCAAGGGCAUCCCGCUGGAGAGCACGGACGGAGAGCGCCUGGUCAAGGCUGGGCCAUGCAACAACCCCAUCCUCUGUGUCCAGCCACACCACAUCAGUGUCUCGGUCAAGGAGCUGGACCUCUACCUGGCCUACUUCGUACAGGAGAGAGAGUCAGAGCAGAGCAGUAGCCCACGCACAGGUAUUGGGUCAGAUCAGGAGGAUAGCCGAGCUGCCACCAUGGAUGCUCCUGAGUUUCAGGAAAGCUUUGUGACAUCAGGAGUUUUUAAUGUAGCAGAGCUGGUGCAAGUGUCCAGAACUCCGGUGGUGACCGGGGCAGGCCCUAACUUCUCCCUGGGGGAGCUGCAGGGGCACCUGGCCUACGACCUCAACCCCUCAGGGGUGGGCAUGAGGAGAACCCUGCCUAGUACCUCCUCCAGCGGGAGUAAGAGGCACAAGUCGGGCUCCAUGGAGGAUGAUGUGGACACCAGUCCUGGAGGGGAGUACUACACCUCUCCCAACUCCCCGGCUAGCAGCUCCCGCAACUGGCAGGAAGACCUGGAAGGAGGCAUGUCCCCUGGAGUAAAGAAGACAGAGAUGGACAGCCCGUCUCCUCAGGAGAGCUCCCCACGUCUCGGCUUCACACAGCACCACCGGCCCGUCAUCGCAGUGCACAGUGGGAUCUCUCGGAGUCCGCACCCUUCCUCGUCUUUGCACUUCCCCACCACCUCCAUCCUGCCCCAGUCCACCUCCUACUUCCCCCACACCGCCAUCCGCUACCCGCCACACCUCAGCUCCCAAGACCCGCUGAAGGACCUGGUCUCCCUGGCCUGUGACCCGUCCAACCAGCAGCCCAGCCCAGUGAGUCCAGCCCAUCUAACAACUCUAACUAGGGCCCCGAGUUUGUCCUGGUCAGGUCAUUUGCUGAAUGGCAGUGGUCAAGUGAAGUUGCCCAGUCACUACAUCUCCUCCCAGAUGCUGGCGCCUCCUCCGCCCCCUGGCAUGCCCCGUCUGACGCUGCCCUCCGACUCCAAGUCCAGCACCACCACCUCGGACGGGGGAGCCAACUCCCCCACGUCACCCAGUAAGUGGGCCGUUGCAUACUCAGCUCCAGGGACGCCCCCUGCCAACCGCCCCUUUGUAGGGAUUGGACCUCGAGACCCUGGCGGACUCUACCAGGCACAGUCCUGGUACCUGGGGAACUAAACAACACAAGGAUAAGUGAAAAGGGCAAGGACACGUGGAUUUGAGAUUCAACACUUUUUGUGGAAUUAAGAAAAAGAAAAAAAGAGAUGCAAGAGGGAAAAUGUGUAUAUAUGCAGUAUAUAUACAGUAUGUAUAUAUAUAUAAAUAUAUGUGUGCAUAUAUAUUUAUAUAUGUAUAUCAACAUAAAAUGUGCUUCACAACACCUUUUUGGAAAAAAAGACAGAGGGGGAGAGAGUGAGGCCAAGGAGAGAAAGAAGAUAGAAAGAGAAGAGGAUGUUUGGGCAGCCAAAAUGAACUGUGGGGCAGAGACAUGACCCCAGUACCCCCAUACCCCCCGCUACAGGUGCUGCUUCUUCAUAUAUGCAAAAUAAGUAUCCUUUAUUUUCUUAAUCAACAAGAAAGAGAAGAAUUCAGUUCCUGUGAUCAGACUUUUCCACACUUCUUCUGGGACGGUAAUUCUUUUUGAAAGUAGGGAGGGGAGGCUGGUUGCACAUGGUCAAUAACCUCCCUUUACCUGCAGAAACAAAAGUCUACUUUUCAUCAAAUUUGAUAGACAAUCAUAUAGUUACUUCAUUUAAAGGGGGGUUCAAGAUUUCCUUUAACACAGUCCAUUUUUUGGUCAUUUUUUUUAUUAACACUGAGCUACAGUGGCUUGCGAAAGUAUUCGCCCCCCUUGGCAUUUUUCCUAUUUUGUUGCCUUCCAACCUGGAAUUAAAAUGGAUUUUGGGGAGGUUUGUAUCAUUUG